UGAGAAGCUACUACAUAGUUUUCGAAAUUGGUUAGUGGGAACCAUCGGAAACAAGUAUCCGAGGGACGUCUUCACCGGUCUGUGUGGCGUGGCUUGGUUCUCGACCCUAAAUACAGACAAACUAUGGCUUUCUGAUGACCAUUUGGAUGCUGCUUUCCAUAUGAUGAGGAGGAGGCAACACUUCUUCCCGGAGUUGUACCCACGUAAGUGUACUGUGAUGCCAUCUUGGUUUACCUCAUCGUUGAGGGGUCGGUGGGAUGCUUGGAAGAGCAAUACUGACCAUGAUGGUUUUGUUUGGGAUGAGUCCAUCUUGGAACUCCUUCGUGGGGAUCCAAACCAAUUUUUGCCUUCUUGGAAGGGUAUGGAGUGCAUAUACAUGGCCAUGUUCUUGAACGGACCGAAACAUUGGAUCGCUAUGGAGGUCAAUCUUGAGUUGUGGAAGAUAUUCCUCUUCGAUUCGAGUCUUGGAUCUCUAACGAAAGACGAACUGAAUUCGCUUAUGGAUGUGUGGUGCCCUUUACUAGCCAAAUUGGUGGACCAGUGUGGUGUAUGUGACACUCAUUACAUGGUGAUGGUCCCUCAAAUGACAAACCUCCGAAAGUCGUCAGACCCUUCGACUGGGAAAUGA